CUUAGCGUACAUAAAAUUAAGGCCGUGGCUCAGAAGCUUCGCGUAAUCGUGUUUGUUGAAAAAAAAAAGUUUACUCGACAUUGACUGAAUAAAACAGCUUAUUUGGCAAAAACACUUAUUCUCAGUUGAGCUAUGUAUAGUUAUUAGUUAGACAGUGUUCGGAAAAAUUAGUUACAAUUAUGAUGCUCCAAAAUUUCUGGCUAGUUUUCAUUUUGGCUCUGAUCGGUGCUGUUCAGAGUUCCCGUGUCCUGGAACUGAGCGACCGGUUUCUGGAUGUCCGGAACGAGGGCCAAUGGUUCGUGAUGUUCUACGCACCGUGGUGUGCCCACUGUAAAAAGCUGGAACCGGUGUGGGCCCACGUUGCCCAAGCCUUGUACAACACCAACAUUCGGGUGGGGCGCCUCGAUUGUACCCGGUUCACGGCAGUGGCCCAGGCGUUCCACGUCAACGCGUAUCCUACGAUUAUUUUUGUUAAAGGUCCUUACGACUACGUCUACAGCGGGGAACGUUCUAAGGAAGAAUUGAUCCACUUUGUAAAUCGUAUGUCUGGACCACCGGUUCAGCAAGUCACUCGUCUCGAGAGCAUCGAUAUUUUAAAAUCCAACAAUCCGAUAUUUUUUACGUACGUCGGCAAGCAGGAUGGAACUUUGUGGGACGUAUUCUACGGAGCAGCUGAGGCAUAUCAAGCCCACGGAUAUUUUUAUGCCACAUCUGUUGAGAUAGCAAAACGACACUUUGACAUCGAUACAGUUCCUGCGGCUCUGGUUUAUAAGGAGCGUAGCCACUUUUACUUCCCGUAUUCCGAUAACUACGAACUUCUAGAACCGACCCACCUCAACGAGACUCUCUUCCGCUGGGUGAAUGAAGAGAGAUUCCCAACCUUCCCGAAGAUAACACGAGGCAACCUUCAUCAUAUUGUUCAAACCAAAAAAUAUCUCGUACUGGCAGUGGUCGAAGAAAACAAACUUAGCGAAAUAGCGGCCCACGAGCAGGAGUUUCGGGACAUGGUGGAAAUUUUUGUCCACAAAAAUAAACACAAAUAUCACUCGUACUUCCAGUUUGGUUGGGUCGGCACUCCGGAUUUGGCUCGGUCCAUUGCAAUGGACUCGCUGGCCACACCGCAUUUGAUAGUGCUGAAUGCUAGCACCAAUGAGCAUCACAUCCCCGAGGAUGACCCGCUGCAGUUGACGCCGGAGGCUAUCGAACUGUUCCUGGACAGUAUCCACAAUCAAACUGCCCCUACCUUCGGAGGUAAUUCACUCCCGGUGAGGAUCUAUCGGGCCUGGUUCGAGGCGAAAACAUCGCUACAGGAUAUGUGGCUCGGAAAUCCGGUUCUCACAUCGGUUCUGUUCGGUCUUCCGUUGGGUUUCCUCUCGCUGAUCAUGUACUCGAUCUGCUGUGCCGACAUUCUGGAUGCCGACGAGGAAGAUGACGAGCUACGGCACGAGAAGAAGGAAUAAGCUCUAAAACGCGUACCACGCUCUCUCCCUUUCCGGCCCAUGCAGGUCGGUUUUAAGCCAAAGGUAAGGUGUUAUGUAGUUAAAUUUUUCGUAACAAUCCAGCUAAUAAGUUUUUCGAGUAUUAGUCGGUACAUUCCCGUACGUAUCAUUAACAAAAAAAAGUAAAAGCUUAAACAAAAGUAACACUCUGGAUUUCAAAAAUAAGUCGAAUCCAUUUUCUAGUCACUUGUGUAUCGGAAGGCGAUGUGCGUAUGUUUUACGUUUGAUUGUCAUGCGCUUUUCCAAUUUGGCAUGAUGAGCAGAAGAACAAAAGAACAGCGAUCAAUCGCUUACGAUUCUAACAGAUAAAAUUAGUAGGAAUAAUCGAAUCAAUGCGUGUUGGUGUUUUUGAUAGAAGCGUCACCACUUUUAAAAAUAAUGAAUCUGACGAUAAUCUGUAAAAGUAGUAAGGGUUU